GGUGAUGAUGAACCAGAGGCCACUAAGAGGAGACCUGGUAGGCCAGGUGAUGAUGAACCAGAGGCCACUAAGAUGAGACCAGGUUGGCAAGGCGAUGAUGAACCAGAGACCACUAAGAGGAGACCAGGUAGGCCAGGUGAUGAUGAACCAGAGGCCACUAAGAGGAGACCAGGUAGGCCAGGUGAUGAUGAACCAGAGGUCACUAAGAGGAGACCAGGCAGGCCAGGUGAUGAUGAACCAGAGACCACUAAGAGGAGACCAGGUAGGCCAGGUGAUGAUGAACCUGAGGCAACUAAGAGGAGCCCAGGUAGGCCAGGUGAUGAUGAACCGGACGCCACUAAGAGGAGACCAGGUAGGCCAGGUGAUGAUAAACCAGAGGCCACUAAGAGGAGACCAGGUAGGCCAGGUGAUGAUAAACCAGAGGCCACUAAGAAGAGACCAGGCAGGCCAGGUGAUGAUGAACCAGAGGCCACUAAGAGGAGACCAAGUAGGCCAGGUGAUGAUGAACCAGAGACCACUAAGAGGAGACCAGGCAGGCCAGGUGAUGAUGAACCAGACACCACUAAGAGGAGACCAGGCAAGCCAGGUGAUGAUGAACCACAGACCACUAAGUGGAGACCAGGCAAGCCAGGUGAUGAUGAACCAGAGGCCACUAGGAGGAGACCAGGUAGGCCAGGUCCAGGUGAUGAUGAACCAGAGGCCACUAAGAGGAGACCAAGUAGGCCAGGUGAUGAUGAACCAGAGACCACUAAGAGGAGACCAGGCAGGCCAGGUGAUGAUGAACCAGAAUCAUUCAGACCAGUCGAUAUGAUGCCAGAAUUAAUGGUAAAGACAACAACAGAUGAAAGAGAAAAGGUUAGUAUUAAUGAAACUCUAAGUGAAACUUACCAAACUAGUGUGAUCAAACAUUCGACAGUGAGUCACCUUACAAGCACAACUCAAGAUGUGCUGACGAGUCGAUACAUUGAAACAGAAGAGGUAACAGAUGAGCCAAAGAAGAUGCCAAUGAAAGGAGAUAAGCCCGUGAAACAGCCAGGCAAGCCAGGCGAUGAUGAACCAGAGACCACUAAGAGGAGACCAGGCAAGCCAGGUGAUGAUGAACCAGAGACCACUAAGAGGAGACCAGGCAAGCCAGGUGAUGAUGAACCAGAGACCACUAAGAGGAGACCAGGCAAGCCAGGCGAUGAUGAACCAGAGACCACUAAGAGGAGACCAGGCAAGCCAGGCGAUGAUGAACCAGCGUCCACUAAGAGGAGACCAGGUAGGCCAGGUGAUGAUGAACCUGAGGCAACUAAGAGGAGACCAGGUAGGCCAGGUGAUGAUGAACCAGAGACCACUAUGAGGAGACCAGGUAGGCCAGGUGAUGAUGAACCAGAGGCCACUAAGAGGAGACCAGGCAAGCCAGGCGAUGAUGAACCAGAGACCACUAUGAGGAGACCAGGUAGGCCAGGUGAUGAUGAACCAGCAUCCACUAAGAGGAGACCAGGCAAGCCAGGCGAUGAUGAACCAAAGACCACUAUGAGGAGACCAGGCAAGCCAGGUGAUGAUGAACCAGCAUCCACUAAGAGGAGACCAGGCAAGCCAGGUGAUGAUGAACCAGAGACCACUAAGAGGAGACCAGGCAGGCCAGGUGAUGAUGAACCAGAGGUCACUAAGAGGAGACCAGGCAGACCAGGUGAUGAUGAACCAGAGACCACUAAGAGGAGACCAGGUAGGCCAGGUGAUGAUGAACCAGAGACCACUAUGAGGAGACCAGGCAAGCCAGGUGAUGAUGAACCAGAGACCACUAUGAGGAGACCAGGCAAGCCAGGUGAUGAUGAACCAGCAUCCACUAAGAGGAGACCAGGCAAGCCAGGUGAUGAUGAACCAGAGACCACUAUGAGGAGACCAGGUAGGCCAGGUGAUGAUGAACCAGAGGCCACUAAGAGGAGACCAGGCAAGCCAGGCGAUGAUGAACCAGAGACCACUAUGAGGAGACCAGGUAGGCCAGGUGAUGAUGAACCAGAGGCCACUAAGAGGAGACCAGGCAGGCCAGGUGAUGAUGAACCAGAGGCCAGUAAGAGGAGACCAGGUAGGCCAGGUGAUGAUGAACCAGAGACAACUAAGAGGAGACCAGGCAAGCUAGGUGAUCAUGAACCAGAGACCACUAAGAGGAUCAAGCCAGGUGAUGAUGAACCAGUGACCAUUAAGAGGAGACCAGGCAAGCCAGGUGAUGAUGAACCAGAGGCCACUAAGAGGAGACCAGCUAGGCCAGGUGAUGAUGAACCAGAGGGCACUAAGAGGAGACCAAGUAGGCCAGGUGAUAAUGAACCAGAGGGCACUAAGAGGAGACCAAGUAGGCCAGGUGAUGAUGAACCAGAGGCCACUAAGAGGAGACCAGGUAGGCCAGGUGAUGAUGAACCAGAGGCUACUAAGAGGAGACCAGGCCGGCCAGAUGAUAAUAAACCAGAAUCAACUGAGGAGUCUGUGUUGACUGUUACUGACAGUGAAAUGUCAAGUACAUAUCAUGAGACUUUUGUGACUAGCGCAACAGUUGAUUUGUCGUGCAAUAUGUCAAGUUCUUUUGUUAAGGAAGAAGCUUGUUACUAUGAGACAUGCGAGUCUUCGAGUAGUACAAGUAGUUCUAGUAGUGAGUCUGACACAAGUGAUUCGGGCAAGAGUGACAAAGAAAAGAAAAAGAAAAAUCAGAAGAAAAAAGUGAGUAAGUUGGUGAGAACCAAAAGAAAUAAGUGAAAGUACAACCAAGAAAAGGGUGAAAGACUCGGAAAAUAAAAUAAAAUUGAGAGUUCGUAAGAGUGAGCCAGAGAGCACAGAAAAGAAAAGAACUGUAGAUGAACCCCACAAGGUGAAGAGGACUGCCAGAGAACCUAAAGCCUCA